AUGCCGGGAGCCACCGCCCCUCAGAAGGCCGCGGGCCGCUGUCCCGGACGGAAACCGGCGUGUAAGGGCCGGAGUGUUGCGUUGCCUCCCUCGCUCCCUGCCCAGGAGGUUGUGGGCACUCUGCCUCGGGCCGGAGGUGGCCUGGAGCGGAUGGAGGAGGCCGGUAAAGCCCGGGGUGCGGGUGCGGCCCCUGAGGAGCUUCGCGCCGAGGCUCCGGGGGGCCGCUCCUCGGCUGCGGAGGCCGCGCUGGACGUGAGUUGGGUUCAGGGAUUCUCCAGCAAGAACUUUGGCUUUAUCAACAAUCACACUGUCUGCUACCCAUGUGGCAAUUACAUCCUCUUCCUGGACAUUGAAACAAAGAAGACAUCAGUGCUGCAGUGUCAGACUGGGCAGGUGGGAGCCUUCACAGCAAAUGGGAACCGUCAGGUGUUGGCCUUUUCAGACCGGAAGCUGAAUCCCAUCAUAUAUGUCUGCACUUUUCCAGAACUGAGUAAACUGACAGAAUUAAAAGGUAAUGUUCAGCUGGACUACACCUUACUUGCACUUAGCUUCACAGGCUCAUACCUAGCCAGUUACUCUUCAAUUCCAGAAUUCAUUCUUUCAGUAUGGAACUGGCAAGAAAAUAUCCUCCUAUGCAGCGUGUCUCAGCCAGGGGUAACAGCAACAUCUUUAAGUUUUAACCCUAUGAAUUGGCAACAACUGUGUUUUGUUAAUGAGAGCUCCAUUACUGUCUGGCACAUUGAAAGGAAUAAUGAUGAGCAUCACCUCAAGCGAAACCCUGUGAAACUACCCAAUGGACAAAAUUCCAUGAGUCCUGGUGAAGAUUUGUUUUUCCCAGUUUCUCACAGUGAAGAUCAGUACUAUGGCCCUGUUUUGCCAGUUUCAGCCAUUGCUGGACUGGUAGGAGAUGAAGCAGAAACAUUCAUGCCUAGAAAUGAUAUUGAGCCUUCAGUGCAUCCUACUGCCCACUGCUGGACUGCGGCCUCAGAAAUUUACAUGGGCUGUAAAGAAGGAUUUAUUUUGGCAAUUGAUGCUAAGACACACAGUGUUUCUGUUCUUCAACAAAAGCCUCCACCUGAAUAUGUGCGUAAAAUAUCAGACGUGGUAUCAUAUGCUCGUAGAGAAGAACAGAAAAAGAAAGGUGGCAAACCAGAGGAUCUGCAAAAAACAGCUUUAUUUGCCAUGGCAUUUUGUAAUGAGGGACUGUACGCAGCUGGAAGGGAGGGCAUGUUAUUCUUUUAUCACAUCAAAGAUGCACAGUAUGAGAUGAAAAUCUGCACUGAUAUCUUACAACCCAUAUCCAGCCUCAUAUUCUCCCCAGAUUACACCAUUCUUCUGCUCAUCACUGACCAGGGGACAGUCUAUACUUACAAACCCGCCCACAGCAGAGAAGCUGUCAAACUCUUGGAUGCAUGCAGCAGUUGUUUUCUAGCAGCUGAUUUUCUUACUCCAGGGAACAAGUACUGUGUGUCUGUAACAGCUUCAGCUGAAGUACAAGUUUGGUUACUGGAAGAUGGAACUUGCCUCAGCAAGCUAAACCUUAAUAUUGAGGCAACUGCUAUGGCUUGCUGUCCCUCCUCCAACAGUGUUGCUUUAGGGACCAGAAGAGGUCAAAUCUAUUUCCUUGAUAUUACCAAUGCUGAAGCUCCACGGGUUGUUUACAGAAUUUUUCUUUCCAAAUUCCCAGUACUGUCUUUGCAUUAUGAUCAGAGUGGCCAGUUCCUCAUCGCCAGAGCUACAGAAGGUCAUAUUUUUAUUCUAGAUGCACGCCCUUCAAAGUUAUUCCAGGUUCUUGGAUAUGUAGUGUUUGCAGGUGAAAUUCUGGGUCUUUCUAUAGUUUCUGACUUAAAAGAUGACACAGUUGAAGUGGUGGUGCUUCUUAAUGUAGCAGAGGUCCAGCGAGCAAGACUAGAAAUUUUUUUUCUAUCUUCAGCACUCCUAACAGAUAAUGAUAAGUUUGUUAAUGAAUAUGGAAUGUUUAAUGCUACUGCCAUUAGAAAGGAGAAGUAUGAUCUGGAUUACCCUUUGAGCUCAGCUGUCAGAUUGAAGGAUAACCUUGUGUAUGGCUACUGUACCCGUGCACCUUUCAUCUGUAAAUACCAUCUCUCUGAAGAGAAUAAGUUGGAAGAUCCAGCAGUAUAUUUAUCAGAAAAGAGAAUUCCUAGCAAUCAGUUUGGAUCAGGUUUCCUCUGUUUAUCACCCAACAGUCGGUGGUUGGCAUCAGCAGCAAAGGAUGGGGUUUUGUUCAUCUAUCAUACUUUCACUAUGGAUAUACUUGCUCAAAAGCAUUGCCACUCAUAUCAAGGAGGGGGAAUCAGAUCCAUGGUAUUUUCACUGGAUGGGAAAUUCAUCCUUGUUAAUGGUGAAAAAGAUGGUGCCCUGGUGUGCCUGAAAUGGAAGAAGAUAGACAACAUUGAAGUUGAGGAAGCUGAUCAUCACUGGCAUUCUCUUCUUGCUCUACUGAACAAGUCUACAUCAGAUGAAGAUAAUGUUUUAAAAUCUAUGGCAGAAUGGCAGCUUGACCAAGAAUCCACAUUGGAAUCACUUCCAGAAGAGAAAUUUAAGGAGGCAGCUUUUAAAUCUUCCAGUGUAGAGGUGGCAGAAGAUGGAAACAUCACCAUUUGGUAUUCUGCCAGUACUGAUGACAUGUCAUGGAUAGGUCAGAUAAUAAAGAAGGUAACUAGAGAAGAGACUGAGAGGUUUGCUAGCCAGAAGGAAGAGCUCCAAAUGGGAAUUAAAAAGCUGCGUAAAACUAUCCAGAAAAUGAUGCAUGAAAAUGAACAGGUGCCAGAUAUUGAGCAACUGGAGCAGCAGGAGUUCAACCUGGAUACAGAAGAACAGGAAAGGACACAAGCAGAGGCUGAACAAAAAGUGGCCACGGUGAGGAAGGAGAUUGAGAUGAAGAAUUUAGCCAACUACUAUUUGCAAAAUGUCAUCAAACACGAGUGCUGGGAUGCUAUGUAUGUAAAAGGACGUGCAGUUAAGUGCUUCCAUAUGGCUUGUGAAGUGAAGAAUUAUCCACUGAAAGAACGUAGUGAAGAAGAGCUAGAAACUUUGGAGAAAGUUCUACGGUUACAGAAGAUUGAGACAGCUGAUCCUAAGGUUCAGAAGAAAAAUGUUGAGAUUGAGUCUGAGACUGUAUUACCUGAGGACAAAGGAGAGAAGGCAGAAGUAAUGGCUGAUGAUAGUGCAUCUUACUGCCUAACUGGAAGUCUGAGCUCUCUGUAUGGUGGAGAUACAUCCAUCCUGUACCACCAAUGGGACUUGCACACCAGGGAGCAGAAAGUCAAUCAGAUAGUUCUAUUGAAGGACAUCAUUUACAAAGUGAAAACUGCUUUUAAUAAAGAAUUUGACACAGUUGUACAACAAAAAGAGCAGGAGAUAGCACGAGUGAAAGAAAGAAACCUGAGGAUCCGAGAAAUCUUGGCACAACUUGACCUCCAAGUAGAAGUGUGGGAGCCAAGUCUUGCAGAUAAUGAGAAACCUGAGCGAGCACUCACUGUUCAGGAUUCAGAGAUUAAAGCUGAAAAAUACUUGACUGAGCAAGAGAGAGAGAAAGCAGAAUUGCUGGCUAAGCUUGAAAUGGAAAGACGCAAUGCUGCUAUGAACAAUGACAGACUGCGUGCUCUUAAUGACAUGAUGGGUGGAAUGCUAGAAGUCAGAAAGGAAGACAUCCUGAAAAUGGAUAUUUCUCCACCUCCUUUUAUAUCCAAGCCUGAGCAUUCUUGGAAUGAGGAAGAAAAGAAAGUAUUUAGUGAAUAUGAGCAAAAAGUCAAGGAGCUGAAUGAAGAAAAAGAAAAGUACAGAAGGGCACUGGAAAAUGAAUUGAAGAAACUUGAAGCCUCCAUCCAAGAAACAACACAACACUUUGAUGAGACUGUGUGCAAACUCUCUGAAAGAAAAGUAAAAUUAGAGAUGGUCAUCUAUCAGGAAGAAUUCAAAAUUGUCUAUCUGGUUUAUGCUUUACUGUUGGAUGAAGAGUUGGGUACCAGAGAAGCUGGACUUCAUCAUUUCCUUAUGAAAAAGGAGAAUGAAAAAAUCAAGACUGCAAGAACAAUCCAGACUGCAAAAAACAAAAUUGAAGCUUACCGAGACACCCGUGAAACUGCAAUAGCUGAAGAAAAGAAUCUGGAAUGUAGUUUUACAAAACACUUUGCUGAUGUACCUGCCAAUCUCCGUGAUGAACUUUUCCAGCUUUACAAACAUCGACCAAAGGCCCCAGUGACAGGAAUGCUUCUUGGCACUGCUAACCCAUAUGUGGAUUGUUCAGGCUCAGCUGAAGAUCACAAGGAGGCACUUAUCCUUUUAAUGAAAGCCAUGGAUGAACUGGAUAGUUCUGAGCACAUGCCUAAAGGCCUAAACCCAUCUGUAUGGGAACAUUUUUGUCUAGCUAGACGAAAUAAAAUAAAGAGUGAAGAGCUCGUGAAAUGGAAGGACCGAACACUGACAGAGAUGCAGACCUUUCUCCAGAGAAGAAUGGAUGAAAAUAAGAAGACUGAGUCACAAAUAGAAGCCAUUUUCCAAGAACUCACUUGGCUAGAGGAGGAGAAGAUGAAACUGCAAUUGAAUUUGACUGUACAGUUUUUGCUAAAACAAGGACAGGUGGAAUUGCAAAGUGCUGAUAUCCCAGACUACACUGAUGCCAUUCUCAUUAAUAAGAGUGUUAUUGAAGAGCUCAAUUGCGCUAUCAUGGCUCAAGGAGAAAAAAAAAUUGCUAGUAUGGUGGAAUGUAAAGAUUUCUCUAAAGGGAUAUUUCAGCUGGAAUGGCAGCACAAGAAAAUGAGAAUGCAGAUAGAAGAUCUGAAACAGAAGGCUCAGGAUAUUGUAACACUACCUAUUUCAAAAGAUCGCCAGCUUUUCCUAACUGAGCUGAACUAUGACAGCAACAUUGAACACCGCAUUUCAGUGAUGGAACAGACUCUUAGCAUCAUGGACAAGCUGCACAAGAAGAAUGUGAAGCACCAACAGAAAAGAAUUAAAGAGCUGGAGAAGUGCAUCAGUUUAAAAGAGCAAGAAAACUACGAGCUCAGCCUGGAGCUGAAAGAAAUGCUUGUCUCUGUGUCAAAAAGGAGGCACAUCUUUGAGGCAGCUGAUACACAACAUGUUUCUCAAAGGAUAGCAGAGCAGCGUUACCAAGAGAUUUUGAAGCAGAAACACCUACGGGGUCUUGUAAAGGAACAGGAAGAACAGUUUGAAAUUCUUCAGGGAGAAGUUGCAAGACUGAGAUCAAGAACAUUCCCUAUUCUUUAG